AACUCGGUGGUGAUGUUGACACAAGUCAUUUGCUGCCACUAUCGCUGAGGUGCGGCUGGUCGAUAACCAUCGAAACGUUUUAGAGUCUCUCGUAAUCAGUCGGCCGUGCAAUCGAGCUGAUAACAACCAACGGUCAAGCACUUACAUAGACGUUGGCAUCGCCCUUUGCAGGAAGUCUCUCUUUUUUCCCAACGUUUUGGAAGCUUGCUUCGCAUUUUGCGCUCGCUACAUAUUUCAGUGGUGUGUUUCGUGCGUCUGUGCUCCUUUUCCUGUUUACAGUGGACCUUUGAAAAUCUUUCCGCUUCCGAUUUACUAAUCGCAAUUGGCGGAUAUUAAAAACAAAGACCGAAUGACUGGUUAACGUUGAUCAAAUUAAAAUGAAAACAAGUCAUUUCAUCGGAUUCUUUUUCGUUCUCUUACACGCCCACCGAACAUCAGCCUUGAGUUGCGGUUGGCCUGGUAAACCGGUUGGCGGCAUUCUCGUGAGCGCCUCUUUGCCAACACCGCUUCAAGACGACAUUCCGUCUUUCGGACGGGCUUACGUGCCGACAAACCGUGUCCUUUCCUACGAGUACCAGUUCCAGGAAGGCCAAGUCGUUGCUUACCAAUGUCACACUUCCAGGCUGGAUGUCCUGACUGGAACAUAUUCUAACCGAACUUGUCAAAGCGACGGCAGAUGGAGUGGAACUCGACCGUGGUGUGAUUUGAACGUGGCCUACGGUAAAACAGUUAACUAUGCCGGGCUUGAAACAUCGCGGGUUGUUACGUUAUCGGACACGUUAAUGACGGACGGCCUGAUUGACAGUGAAGACCCUCUCAACACAGCAGAAUGUCCUUCAUUAGCCAGAGGAGGAGGGGCUUAUUUCACCGUCAAUCUCGGCGAAGAAAUGCCCGUCCGUGUUGUCGGUAUUUUCGGCAAAAAAGGUGAGGGCAUGAACAAUCUGGAAAACAAGAAAGUCACUCUUGGAUCAGCAAACUGCCCACAGAGGACGGGCAACGCUUCGGCUUUCGGUUAUCAGUGCAACCAGGCAAUGUCACAAGCGACCACGUCGAACCUGGUGGGUAGCACGGUCCGUUUCGAGCACAGCAGCACGUUUGUCGUCGAUAUUUGCGAAGUAGUCAUUUACGCCAAUCCUACGUUAGCUGAUUGCGGAGAGCCGGAAAUUCCGGCCUUUGGAGAGGUGACAAUCACGACGGCUUCGUUAUACCAAGAGGCUCGGUAUAAUUGCCGCGUUGGUUACGAACUGCAGGGCACUAACCUUCGUACUUGUUACGGUCGUGACUGGGCCGGCGAACAACCCAUCUGUGUGGAGAUCUACGUUCCACCGUCUACCGAGGUCAACUACAAUUCCACGACAACGUUUCCCGGAGGUGAUGGGUCGUCGAAUGGUGGGGGACUGGACCCAUUCCAAAUCGUUUUGAUCGUCGUUUGCGUGGCUUUGGCUAUCGGCUUGAUUGUGGCCUUGAUCGUCCUUCUCUAUUACGGAAGAUUGAAUUGCUGCGGAACAUGCUGUGAAUCCAAAAAUCGAAUAUCUUGCUGUGGAACGGCUGGUAAUAAAUUCGCUAAAAAAUUGAGUAAGAAGAAGAAACCGUCGUCCAACGAUCAGCGUGAUUAUCAGAAAGUGGCCACGCCACAAACCAAGCCGGCCACGUCAGCUACUGCCGCCGCUUCCAAGGCGAUGCAAGAUGCCAGCAAGAGGGAAGCUGCCCUAGCGGCUGCCGAACAAGAACGACGGGCAGAAGAGGAGGAUUUCAUCAACACUCGGUUGGCUUAUCAAAACGAGAGGGCAGUUGCUCCUCAGCAGAUGCAGCGAAAAGCCGCACCGACUCCGGACUCGUCGGCCAAUCCGACGCCGCUGACGACGCCCCAGAUACCCAAGAAUCCGCCUAUUACUUACGCAGAGUUAUCCCAUGAACCGACGCGACGACUUCCGGAAUCCCCUGCGACGCUGCAUUCGCUGUCCAACCCGUCAAAUCCGGUUGCUGAACCCGAAUACGCUCAAGUAAAGAUGCGGCCUGGCAGCAGAAAUAGCAAAAACAAUGCUCAAGUAAACAAUGACGGGGCAGCGUCAGAUACGACGGAUGUGAGCACGACGUCACCGCCCGCACGCAAGUCGUACAUCCCAUCCAUUUACCUCAAAGAGUCACCCGAUGUGCAGAUGAAGCAACAAGCGUUGAACAAUCAGCUCAAAGAAGCUGUUCGAAUCAGUCGCAACACCGAUUUUUAAUUCAAGUUGAUAUGCAAACACUCCCAAAAUUAGUGAUUUCUCUUGUUCAUGUUUUUCUUUUCUUUACUCCUUUCAUUCAUUUUUCAGUAUUUCAGUACGCAAUUUCAAAAAAAAUUAAUGAAAAUUAAUAAAUAAAGGCUCGUUAUCAAAAAUAGGGUAAUUUUCGUAUACACAUUAUGUUGUUACGGUUACCAUUUUAACGUCAACGACGUGAGAAAAUACAAGAAUUUCAAAUAUG